UCGCGGUUCGUUGGGACAAGCGCGCUGCCUGGACAGGCGCCCUUUACACGGCUAGCAUUUUCUAGCAGUCUCAGACGCGCCUUCACCAAUUCACCACCUCACGCGUCGGCUUAGGCAAGGACACCACAGGGCGCCUCUUCAAAUACAUCUCUGGCAGCGUUUCUUCGACAUCUCCAGCAAUCAUGGCAGGCUUUGGGAGGUCCAACUCGUUGAGCAUUAAUACAGGAAGCUCGCUUUUCGCGGGACUCUUUGGGGCAUCGACAAACGCAUCCCAACCACAGCAAACCGGCGGCCUCUUUGGCCAGGCGACAUCGCAGCCGCAGAGUGGAGGACUCUUUGGUCAAUCAGCAACAGCGCAGCCUCAGCAGAGCGGAGGGCUCUUCGGGAACCUACAAAAGCCUGCCCAACAGCAGACGGGGAGCUUGUUCGGACAAUCGACUGCUCAAUCACAACCGCAACAGCAACAGGCUGGCUCGUUGCUAGGGGGAAAUCUGGGACAGCAGAACCAAAAUCAACCCCAAUCGGGAGGACUAUUCGGAAACCUAGGCCAGCAGAAACCCGCCACACCGUCACUAUUCGGCUCUACUCAAGCCAAACCCUCCCCUUCGUUGUUCGGUGCCUCCCUCCAACAACCUCAGCAGCAACAGACACAGCAGCAGCCAUCUCUAUUCGGUGGUAUGGCACCUCAAAACACACAAACCAACACCCUCGGAGGCGGUCUAGGCCAAUUCGGUCAAAGUCAAACGCAACCAACAGCGUCCUUCUCACAGCAUACAGGCGCCGGCCUCGGAAUCGAGGAUGCCACACGAAUCCGCGGCACAACCCAGUUCACAGACCUCAAGGUUGCCCUGCAGAACGAAAUCGCAACCAUCGAGCAAUCCAUCCAAGACCACAUCACCUGGGCGCGCAAGAACACCGAAUCCCUCGCCGCGCACGGCGCCCACGUGGCCCAGCUGCCGCCCGAUGUCGCAUACGUGCAAGAGAAGUUCAAGACCAUGGAGCUGGCCAUGGACAACGACGUCGUCGCGCUCGACCACGUGAAGCAGACGCAGAAGAAGGACGAACAGGAUGUGCAGCUCCUGCAACGCGCGAUCCAGAACAUGGCGCUCCCGCAACACUACCACUACGCUAGCAUGCGGGGUCUGAAUGCGGCGAACGCCUCGAUAUCUGCAGCGGCGGCGGCGGGGGACGACGACGAUCAGUACGGCAAGCCGGUGGACCUGGUCGCGUAUUUCUCGCAACGCGGCGAGGUGCUGGAUGCGACGCUGACGCAGUAUAACAAGCAAAUCCGAGAGAUUGAGGCGCAUCUGCGGACGGUGGAGUCGGGGGCUGUGCAGCGGGAGAGAGAGCUGAUGGCUCAGGCGCAGGGUGGUAGUCCGCGUGGGAACGAGAAGCAGGAGCUUUUCGAUGCCUUGAAGGCCAUUGAAGGGGCAAUCUUCCAGGUUGCUAGUAAGGUGGGCACGGCGCGGGAGAUGGUCGUCAAAGAGACCUUAGGGGCGGUGGGAACGUAG